AAAAGCUAGUUAAGGAUGCUGUUUUGCAGGGUGACGAUGAUGCAAAUCCAAAUGAGUUUGGUUCAAAUGGAGGAAAAAGACCCUAUACCUUAUUUCAGGGGCACUCAGGACCAGUUUAUUCAGCUUCUUUUAGUCCUAUGGGAGAUUUUAUACUUUCCUCUUCAGCCGAUUCAACAAUUCGGUUAUGGAGCACUGAACUAAAUGCAAAUCUUGUUUGCUACAAGGGUCAUAAUUACCCAGUAUGGGAUGUACAGUAUAGUCCUGUAGGACACUAUUUCGCUAGUGCAUCACACGACCGGACAGCAAGGAUAUGGUCUAUGGAAAGAAUACAACCUUUGCGAAUAAUGGCAGGGCAUUUAUCUGAUGUUGAUUGUGUGCAAUGGCAUGCCUAUCUCAUUUCCCUUGUAUUGAAGCAUUUAUCUAUCUCAUUUCAACAUUUCAUGUUUAAGGUGUAA